AUGCCAUCGUCAACCAAUAGCUGGGAAAGGUUCCAUCAUCACCACGGAAGAUCGUCUAAAGACAAAGCGAAAUACCACACGCGUAUGAAGGAAGGUGAAGAUUUCUUUUACACGGAGUUGGGGGAUUUAAAGCUGGUUUUGGCGGAUUUUCAGGAUUGGUUCAAGACUAUUACGCCUGGUAAUCAGGCAAGGGAGUAUAAGAAGCAAAGGAUUAUUAUGAUGUCGUAUGAGGAAAGGAUUAAGAGAUUGAGGGCGAAGUUGAAGGAACUUACUACAAGGCAAAUAUCAUCCCCAGAAGACUCCAAACUAAUGCAGGACGACGUCGAAACCUUCACCAAAGGAUGGCAAGUGAUCAUCGACCAGAUCUCAGCUCCUCAAAAACCAACCAAGAAGUACCAGGACCGCCUGGACCAAUUGACCAAGUUUCUGGAUACCUCCAAACAGGAGUUGGCAGCCGCCAACGUUUUAGAUUUAGGCGAAAUCGAGGAGAUGCAGAAGCGGUUGAAGGAGUUGCAGAAGUUGAAAGCUAAAAUAUCGGGGAUGAAGCAGGAUUAUGACUUUGUGGUGGAUUUUAAAGAGCAGGAGGAGGAGGUGGUUGCGGCAGAAGUGGUUGGCGAGUUGAAGGUCAAAUGGUGUGAUCUGGUGGAUGAUUUGGAGGAUAAGAUGAGGAAAUUGAAUGCAGCCAUAGAAAGUGUAAACCAAUUCAACGAAGACGUAUCGGGAUUAGAAGUCUGGAUGCACGACGUGGAGGUGUUUUUGGAGGACGAAAAGGAUAUUCCGACGGGAGACGAACCCACUUUGGAGGCGAAAUUGGAGCAGUCAAAUGCUUUACUAGACGACCUAGAAACCCUCCAACCAAACGUCGAGAACAUCAACUCAAUAGCAACCAAACUCCAAAGCACCAGCCAAUCACAAUCCUUCACCACGAAACUCCAAUCCGACUUGGCCAGUCUCAACCAAUCCUGGUCCGAGACGGUCACCAACGUCAACGCACACAAUUGUAACCUCAAAAUGGCUUUGGAGAAGACGAAGAAGGUGCUGAGAGAGAUACAAGAUACGGAGAAGUGGCUCGACCAAUUGGAGGACGAGAUACCGUCGCCGGAGACCAAUAGGGCUAUCACCAACUCGGCGGAGCUGUUCAGAGUGAAAGAGAAGUACCAGAUACUGAAAGAGAAGUGCGAUGAGAAGUCGAUCGGGUUUAGGAAUUUGAAUGAGGAAGGUAACGACAUGAUGCUGAGUGCUGAAAAGAAUCCCCUGACAGACCUGGCCAGGAAAUUUACUCACCUGAAUGCACGAUGGACCGAAGUCACUGCCGGAAUAUACGAAAGGUAA